AUGUACAAUGAGAAGAAGGAAAACGUCAGCAUAACUGCGGUGGUCCCUGGAGAAAUUAAAGAGUUCCCAAUGCCGAUAGAAAAAGCAGAGUCAAUACUUCUGAAACUAACGGGUCCGUUCAUGUCCAAAAAUGAUGAGAGGCGGCUGAACUCCACUGCGUUACUGGACCAUCAGAAACUUGAAGUGUGGUUGGAAGGAGACAGGAACAAUGUUACUGAGGUCUCAGAAACCUGGUCCAUCCCCCUCCACAACUCAACCCACCAACGCUCGCGCACCCUCCACUUCAACUGCUCGCAUUGCGCGCUGCGUUGCCGCACCGACGCGCGCGCCGCCGUCGCGUUCACCUACAGUUACAUGGAAAACCCGGUAGAUGACACUACUGGCGUCAUCUAUGCGUUGGUGUUGCUGCUCGGCUUAUUAGAAUUAUUCCUGAGAUUAUGGUGCUCCCCACCACAGCACAACGAUGCUAAGCACGACGAUGCCUGGUUUUCUUCAUUAAAAGAAAAACGCAUGAGGCGCCACGAGCAGGCCUCCAACCCCCGCCUACCAGGGGGAGCAUACACCUGCUGCAUUAUAAACCGCACUAUGGCAGCAGUACUAGUAUCAACCAUGUCCCUCGCUGCCCUAGCUAUGGUCGGCGAGCGGCCGACCGUCCCAGAGAUAGUCUCUUGGCUGGACAUUGAGACGCUACUCCUGCUGUUUAGUAUGAUGCUACUAGUUGCCAUCAUGGCUGAGACUGGCGUGUUUGACUUCCUUGCUGUUUUUACUUUCGAAGUGACAAAAGGUAACCUCUGGCCGUUGAUAUACCUGCUGUGCGGUAUCACCGCAGUGGUGUCCACGUUCCUCGACAACGUUACUACAGUUCUGCUUAUGUCUCCUGUCACUAUCCGAAAGGUCACAAAAGAUAACCUCUGGCCGUUGAUAUACCUGCUGUGCGGUAUCACCGCAGUGGUGUCCACGUUCCUCGACAACGUUACUACAGUCCUGCUCAUGUCUCCUGUCACUAUCAGAAAGGUCACAAAGGGUGACCUCUGGCCGCUGAUAUACCUGCUGUGCGGUAUCACCGCAGUGGUGUCCACGUUUCUCGACAACAUUACUACAGUUCUGCUGAUGUCUCCUGUCACUAUCCGAUUAUGUGAAGUUAUGGACCUAGACCCAGUCCCAAUUCUGAUGCUCAUGGCCAUAUACAGCAACAUUGGUGGUACGGCGACCCCAGUGGGAGACCCGCCAUGCGUCAUAGUGGCUUCCAAUAAGCACGUCAUAGAGGCUGGCAUCAACUUCACCAACUUCACGGCCCACAUGGCGCUGGGUAUCAUCCUCGUAGCGGUUCAGACCUCGCUGCAGGUCCGGUACAUGUUCCGAGACACCAACAAGCUUAGGCUCAACGUUCCCAGGGAGAUACAGGAUCUCCGCCACCAAAUUUCAAUAUGGCGGCGCGCCGCCGACUCCCUCCCUCAGCUGAGCGGCAACGCGCAUGUGGUGAGCGCGCGUCUCGACCGCAAGAUCGAGAAGCUGCGCGCGCAGCUUAGUUGCAUGGUGAAAGAGACGAGUAAACGUGCGUGUCCGAGGGAUGAGUUCCAGAGUACGUUGCAGGAGUUGAAGCAAAAGUACAAGAUCCGCGACAAGGUCCUCCUGGUGCAGGCUUCUGUGGCCAUAUUCUUCGCUGUUGCUGUUUUCUUCCUCCACUCGAUUCCUGAACUAAACCGCAUCUCUCUGGGCUGGACGGCAUUGCUGGCAGCUGUUCUGCUGCUUCUGCUGGCUGACCGUGAGGAUCUGGAGCCGGUGCUGAGACGGGUGGAAUGGUCCACUCUGCUGUUCUUUGCUGCACUCUUCGUUCUUAUGGAGGCUCUCUCCAAGUUGGGCCUGAUCCAGUACAUCGGCGGUCUGAUGGAGGUUCUGGUGCUGAGAGUGGACGAGAGCGCGAGGCUGGCGGUCGCCAUCUUGCUUAUUCUGUGGGUAGGCGGCGUAAUCUCAGCGUUCGUGGAUAACCUCCCGAUGACCACGAUGAUGAUUAGAGUGGUCAUAUCCAUCGGCAGUAACCCUGAUCUCAACCUGCCUCUGGCACCCCUCGUCUGGGCGCUGCUGUAUGGAGCAUGCUUAGGAGGUAACGGCACAUUAAUCGGCGCGAGCGCAAACGUGGUGUGCGCAGGAGUGGCGGAGCAGCACGGCUACAAGAUCACCUUCGUGCAGUUCUUCAAGGUCGGCUUCCCCAUCAUGAUCGGGCAUAUGGCAGCUGCCUCUGUGUAUUUGUUACUGUGCCAUUGUGUGUUUACUUGGCAUUGAUUUUUACAUCUUUGUUGAAAGAUUGUCUUGAAAGCCCCAUAAAGAUCGGAAAUACUCGAAGAGUAAUAAGAAAAAAGAAGGGAAGUUUCGAUUGCCGCCUCUGUGCAUUUGAACGCUUUAUGUCAUAGGGACCGUGCGCGUUGGAGGGUCUGCCAUCUUGUGGCCUGAAUCGGAAACAUAUGUGCACAUGUACAUUGCCAAAGCAAGUGCUACCAUUUACCGUUCUCAUCGGUACGUUUCCUUAUGCAUAGCAGGGUCUGCCAUCUUGUGGGCUACAUCGGAACCAUAAACGACACAUUUACGCCUCGCGACAAAAAUCUAACGGCUCCUAUGCUGCCCCCUAUAGUUCAUGCACGGGGCCUAUAAACACAAACAUCACUCAAACGCCAAGGUCUCGGACGCAACUGGCGCAAGCGAGCUAAUGUAAACCUUACU